AUGGCGUUCCAAUUUGCCGAAGAGAUUGCGCCCAUUCAAUUGGUGGAGAGUUUGGCGUACGAUAUGCAGUACUAUCCCGACAAAGACAUUCUGACCGGCAACACCCUGGCCUCCGAAUUCGACCCAGAAUGGAUCAUGAA